GUAUUUUUGGAAAAGGGAAAAAAGAAAAAACAAAGAUAGGCUGUUUUAAAGGGGGCGUUAUUGAAAAUAUAUAUAGAAUUCAAAGGUAUCAGGCAAAGAACAUAUGCACAAGAACCCAAAAACAAAACCUAGCCACAUAACACACUUGAGAAUCAUUUGAUACUGAAACGAAGUUGGAGAUAAUGCCAUGGAUGCUAAGGACGUCGAUAUGAUGGAUUCCGAUGCUCCGGUGACAUCUUCGUCACCAGUUCCUCCGGGAACCGCCGAACUUUCCUCCGUCUCCCAGCAAAUUGAAAUUGCGAGAGGAUUACUCACAGUAGCUCGCCAACUCAUUGAUCAGGGCAAGCCUUCUCAAGCUCUUCAAGCGGUGUUGACUGCGAUGAGAGCCAAAGGAGGAGAAGCAGCUGCUGUUCAAACCCUAAAUCGAGCUAAUGAACUCUACAGAAACAGAGUAAAUGAAAGGGCUGCUGAUGAGCUAGCUUCGUUGUUUGCUGAAUGUGCAAUUGAAGAAGCUUUACCUGCAAUCCCCACAACCACCACCACCACCACCACCAACCACCCAUCUAUUGAACCAGAUGCUGGCGGCACUUCUAUACUGACAGAGACUGGGAGAAAACAGAUCAUGGUGGAUGCAUUCUCUGAUGGUAGUAGCUUUGUGUGUGUACAAUGUGGUGGCCUUGUUAGCAAUGAUCGCAGGGAUGAACACUACGCAUUCUGGUGUGGCCGUGUGUAA